CUCACCUACUAUUCUUCAUGUGUUUCACGUGAAGUUUGAAUUUCAGUCUCUUCAGACCUUAUUGAACUUGAAGAUAUACAGGAAUAUGAAAGAUACGUAAGAGUUGAAAAUAUUACAAGGGAGCUUAUGAGUUUUGUUUGCAGCACACUGUUUCCUCUGAAGAGUACCAGUUGAAAUCCAGAGAAAAAUGAAUUGUUGGUUAUUGCUGCCUUUUAUGUUGGGAAUUCCUCUCCUAUGGCCUUGCAUUAUAGCAGCAGAAAACUCUAAAACAGAGGAGGUGAGGCACCCAGCGGGAUCUCAUUUGAGAAUCAGGCGUGGCUGGAUGUGGAACCAGUUUUUUGUACCAGAGGAAAUGAAUAAGACCAGACAUCACAUUGGCCAGCUAAGAUCUGAUUUAGACAAUGGAAACAACUCUUUCCAGUACAAGCUUUUGGGAGUUGGAGCUGGAAGUAUUUUUGUCAUUGAUGAAAGAACAGGUGACAUAUAUGCUGAACAGAAGCUUGAUAGGGAGGAACGGUCCCUCUACACUCUCAGAGCCCAGGUAAUCGACACCAAUACUGGAAGGGCUGUGGAACCUGAGUCUGAGUUUGUCAUCAGAGUGUCGGAUAUCAAUGACAAUGAACCAAAAUUCCUAGAUGAACCUUAUGAGGCCAUUGUACCAGAGAUGUCUCCAGAAGGAACAUUAGUCAUCCAGGUGACGGCAAGUGACGCUGAUGAUCCUUCAAGUGGAAAUAACGCUCGUCUCGUGUACAGCUUACUACAAGGUCAACCAUAUUUCUCCAUUGAACCAACAACAGGAAAAAUAAGAAUAUCUUCUAAAAUGGAUAGAGAACUGCAAGAUGAGUAUUGGGUGAUUAUUCAAGCCAAAGACAUGAUUGGUCUGCCUGGAGCACUGUCUGGAACAGCAAGUGUAUUAGUCAAACUUUCUGAUGUCAAUGACAAUAAACCCAUAUUUAAAGACAGUUUAUAUCGCUUGACUGUCUCUGAAUCUGCACCUGUUGGGACGUCUAUAGGAAAAAUCAUGGCAUAUGAUAGUGACAUAGGAGAGAAUGCAGAAAUGGACUACAGCAUCGAAGACGAUUCAAGAACAUUUGACGUCAUUACCAAUAACGAAACCCAAGAAGGAAUAAUUAUACUAAAAAAGAAAGUGAACUUUGAGGACCAGAACCACUAUCGUAUUAGAGCAAAAGUUAAAAAUCCCCAAGUUGAUGAGCAACUCAGGGAAUACCACACUGAAGCUUCCACCACUGUCAUCAAGAUCCAGGUGGAAGAUGUUGAUGAGCCUCCUGUUUUCCUCCUCCAAUAUUACAUCUUUGAAAUCUUUGAAGAAUGCCCUCACGGAUCCUCUGUAGGCACGGUCUCUGCCACUGAUCCUGAUCAGAGGAAAUCUCCUAUUGGAUAUUCUAUUGCCAGAAGUGAGGUGUUCAGUGUUGAUGACAAUGGCACAAUCUUUACAACUAACCGACUUGAUCGAGAGACUAGUGCUUGGUACAACCUAAGUGUUACAGCCACGGAAAAAUACAAUAUAACACAGAUUUCUUCAGUCCCUGUCUAUGUACAAGUUCUCAAUAUCAAUGAUCAUGCUCCUGAGUUUUCUGAAUACUAUGAGACUUACGUUUGUGAAAAUGCAGUCUCUGGUCAGGUGAUUCAGACCAUCAGUGCAGUGGAUAGAGACGAAUCCAUAGAACAUCACCAUUUUUAUUUCAAUCUGUCUAUGGAAGAAAAUAACUCGAGUUUUACAGUCUUAGAUAACCAAGAUAACACAGCGGUAAUUUUGACCAAUAGAACUGGCUUUAGCCUUCAAGAAGAGCCUGUUUUCUACGUAUCCAUCCUAAUUGCGGACAAUGGAAUUCCAUCACUUACAAGUACAAACACUCUUACCAUACACGUGUGUGACUGUGGUGAUGCUGACAGCCCACAGACCUGCAGUCAUAAGGAUUUUAUGCUUUCCAUGGCAUUCAGGGCAGAAGUCAUAACUGCCAUUCUGAUAUGCAUUAUGAUAAUAUUUGGGUUUGUUUUUCUGAACCUCGGUCUGAAACAACGGAGGAAACAGACUCUGUUUCCUGAGAAAAGUGAAGAUUUCAGAGAGAAUAUAUUCAGAUACGAUGAUGAAGGUGGCGGAGAGGCGGACACGGAGGCCUUCGACAUCGCGCAGCUGCGGGGCAGCGCGCUGAUGCGGGGCCGCAAGCCCCGCAGAGCCGCCAGGGCGGAGAUGCGCAGCCUGUACCGGCAGUCUCUGCAGGGCGGCCCGGACAGCGCGGUGUUCAGGAAGUUCAUUCUAGAAAAGCUGGAAGAGGCUGACACUGACCCCUGUGCCCCGCCUUUCGACUCCCUCCAAACCUAUGCUUUUGAGGGAACAGGGUCCUUAGCUGGAUCCCUGAGCUCCCUAGACUCCGCAGUCUCUGAUCACGAUGAAAAUUAUGAUUAUCUUAACCAACUGGGACCUCGCUUUAAAAGAUUAGCGUGCAUGUUUGGUUCCGCUGUGCAGUCAAAGAAUUAGGGGUUUUUUCAUUAAGACUUUUUUUUUUUUGUAAUGCUAAUGCAUGUUUGGGCAAACUGGUAGUCGCUUGGUGAAAAGUUGUUUACUUCAGUUCCCUGGGAAAAGAAAGAGACACAAUUUAUACUAUUCUCUGAUUUUCUUGGAGUAAAUACCCCAUAUAGUCCCUGACUGCAGAUAAGGGAAGUGAAGCUAACAUUGCAGAUUCCCGCUAGCAGGCCCUUGAAAUACUCUUUCGGAUUUUUUUUUUUAAUGCCGAAUACAAAUUCUCAAAAUUUUUGACUGUUUAAUAUGAAAAGGACAAUGAACUAGAUUGUCUUAAUUUUAUUUCCUUUAUUCACUUUGUAAAUCUUGCAAAGUAACAGUAAAGUGUUUCUGUGUGUUAACUUCCUGAUACUCUACAGAGAAAAACAUUCUGGGUGGUUAUAUACAACUUUCAAAAACUCUUUUCUAUGAAUAUGCAAGCUUAUGACUGAAAGUCUAUGAUUCAUUUCAGUUUGAUAUUUUAAAAUUGUCUUCAACACAUUUUAAAACUGAUUUCAAAUUUAGACUGGUGCUUGGUAUCUGUUUAUGAGUCAAAGAUAUAGUGUAAAUUUAUAUUCUCUUUGACAUUACAGCUUUAUAGAAAAAAGGGCAUACAUAGACUAUGUUUAGGAGAUUUUCAUAUGUUUUCAAAGUACUUCUUUAUCAUAUCACAAUGCAAUCACAAAGUACAUAUCAAUAUUUCCUCAAGAUUAAAUUGAAAUUUUUAAAAAAUAGUUGAAAGUGUGAAAUUUUUUAAUUUUAUUGCUACCAAAAUGAUAGAAGUAAGUGAAAGGAGUACUGGGUUCAAGCUGGAAUUAGUAUUCCUCCUAAAUAUUAUGAUCAACUGCACUGCUCUUACUGUGCAUAAAAUAAAACAUGAUAAAAUUCUCAGCAUUUCAUUUUUUAUUGAUGCUUAGACUGUAACUGAUUCUUCCAUGUCAUUUUUUUAUUACGCAGUAUAAAAUUAGGUGCAAUAGUUACUUUUAUUGUAAUGUUAUGAAGGAAAUAUGCUAAGCUGCUGGACAUAAAGCUUGAAGGUAACAUUAGAUAGUCAGAUAAUAAAACACUUUGAUUUUAAUCAGCCUUGUAAGAAUGAUUCUUAUUAUUCUAUCCAAAUCAAAGUGAAAUUCGAAAUUCAUAGCUUGAACAGAAAGUAGUGAAUACUGUGUCCUCAAGAUUGCUUUAUGUGUUCAUUUUUUAUUAAUAAGGUGUGAAACUGAACUGAACCAAAUUGAUCAUAAAUGUUCAAAUCAAAUAUUUCAAAUAAUUUUGAGCUUAAGUUGGAACAGUUGAAUACCUACAAUAUCUCUGUCUGUAUUUUGAGACAUAAACAUCCAUACCAUGUAAUAGAAGAUAAUUUUUUCAUCAAUAUCAAUCAGGUAUCAUUGAUAUCAUUUUGUGUUAGCAACACAGAUAUAAUUUUACAAAAGCCUAAGAAAAACAGACUUGAAGUACAACAAUUUUGGAAGCUAUUAAAAGUAGUUGGAAAGGACAUAAACUGUAGUAAAUCCUUGUACAUGCAUAUCAUUAUUUACUUAGGGAAAAGUAAGAACAGUAAACAAAAGAAGCUUCUAAAAGAGCAAAAACUUGCAAGUAAAAAAUAAAUGUAUGGGUUGAGAGAACAUUUAUAUUCCUAUCAUAUUGACAUAAAAAUUGAAAAAGUAUAGUUAGGGAAAUUUUCAUGAAUCAUUCCAUGAAUGGCAGCUCCCUGUAUUUAGAAAAUAGUGUAUAUAAUCUUGGUUAAAGAAAUUGAAAGUAUGAUAAAUAGCAGGUGAAGCAAUCCAUGGAAAAUAGAUUAGGAAAGAAAAAAGAAACUUCGGGGCUCACAGUCAGUUCUGUCAUGGAUGGAAGCUUUAUAAACAGCUUAUCAGCUUGGAUGAACACCUUAUAAAAAUGCACAUUGAUGCAAUAUCUGCAUCAAUAAGGUUUAAUGUUUGAGUCCAGUGGCAUUAAGCAGAUGUGUUAACAUAAAUUCUGGUUUAAUUAAUGAUAGGAUUGUCAAUCAUAGCACACAUAGGAAAAGAGAUUCAGAGAUGGAUACCUAUGUGUUAGUCUAAAAAGCAUUCUUUCAUAAUUAUAUAUAAAUACUAUCAGAUUCUAGUAGAGAAACUGCAAUUUUCUAGAUAUUAUACUUGGUAAUAUAUCAAGAACUAUUUUAAGUUUUUUUCUAGUCACACAGGUGUUGCAAGAAUAUAGCUGUAUCCUAAGUGAAAGAUAUGGCUUUAAGAUCUCAUUUUUGUAAAUUUGAAUAAAGGUAAAUCAGUGUGGAUACUUAAUGAAAUAGCACAGCUUCACAUUAUUACCUGCAUUACAGUGUUCUUGCCUGGAGAAUCCCAUGGAUGGAGGAGCCUUUGGGCUACAGUCUAUGGGGUUGCAAAGAGUCAGACAUGACUAAGCAACUAAGACACACUCACUUAAAUGUCACUCUUCAUUAACUUACAGGUUGAUGCCUAAGUCUUAAAUUUCUAGUGGUUGAUACAGGAAGAUGUUAAAAGCCUUUAUAGGGAUCAGAAAAUAUUAGCCAUAUUUGUUCAUUAAGGCCAUGGCUUGAGCCUGUCAGUUCUGAGUUUGCAUUAUUUCACUUUUAUUUAGGUAACUGUGUGAACGUUGUUGAGCUGAAUAAUCUUUCCACAUCUGAGGCUGUGAUCGCUAAGAUGAGGUCCAAUCUACCUUUUUCACACAAUUGUUGUGAAGAAUAAAUAAAACAGAAAGAGUGUGCAGUACCAGACAAAACACAAGAGCUCAGUGAACGACAGCCCAUCAUCACAAAAGCCCCCACGGCUCUGCUGAAGCGCACAGAUCCCUUUCUUUUCAAACUCUGAGUGAUCCCAGGGGCUUCACAGCACAUUUGAAACUAAGCCAACUUUCUGACCUGACACCUGAGGUUCUGUAUCAUCUGUGCCCUGCUUAUUUCUGUGUGCGCGCCACUCUUCCAAUGUCACGCUCAAGGCCUGAAACAACCUUUCUCCAAACGUUUCUAUUUUUCAUUCCCUCACUUCAUUCAAGUCCAUGAUCAAUUCUGACUUCCUCAGAAAGACCUACUGGGCCACUCUCCCCCAAAUGUGGGUCCCCAGCUUUGCUUUCUUUCCAUCAGAUCGCUCAGUUACCUGGUAUUUCUUUGUAUAUAUGGUACUUGCUAUUGUCUUUAUCCUUUUGUUACAGUGUAAACCCUAACUGGGCAAGGAAUUGUCUGACUUUUUCACUUGUUCUUGUCUGAAAUAGC